UAUUUUGAGACUUUAAUAUAAACUCCAUAGAAAAAAGUGUUUACGAAGGUAGCAAACAUUUCUAACUCGAUAACAGCGCAAUCAAACCUGACCCAGUAAACUAGUGUUUAAGGCCUCUAUUUCUUGUAGUUGAUCUUCAGUUUCUUUUUCAAAUACUGUUUGGCUACUUUUUGUUGGGUUUAGAUGAGGCUCAAUAUUAUGUAGAGUAGGGCCUAAGUGCUUUUUGUAUUUGAUCUUCAAAUUUUGAUCCAAAAACUGUUGGGCUAACUUUUGUUUAAUUUGGUUGAGGCCCAGCACUAUUGCAGAGUUGGGCCCAGCUUUAUACAAAGGUACAAAAAAGAGAAAAAGAGCUACAAAAUCGAUACAAAAAUGGUAGAAAAAUACAUUGUGACGAGUGACGACUGAUGAAUUUUUUUUUUCUUUUUUGCUAAAAGCGACUGAUGAAGUUGGUGGCAACGCUGUGUAAACCAGUAAGAGUUUUUUUUUCCUUUUUCCCUUUUUUCUUCUUUACGUUUUCGUAUCAAAAUACACAGAGUUCUAACUUUUAACUAUGUUAAACCAAGUAGUGGUCAAAAGAGAAAUGAUUAUGGUCAGAUUUCUCAUUCAUUUUGAUUAAUACGCGUUUAACUAAAAGAAAUAGAUAUAGAUCACCAAACACUUGGGGAACGUAAGACCCACUCUAAUUGUUUUAUCACCUUUUAUUUAUUGUUUUGAGACAGAUGCUAUAAAGACUUAGGAAACAGAACACAACGUAGUGAUUCCCACGUUACACCUUUCCUCCUAACCUGUUCCUUCAUCACCACUCAAUCUCCGCAACAUAACUUUUGUAACGUGUUACCUCCCAUCUUAAAAAUCUUUUCUCAAUCUUCAGCCGGCCAUGACCAUUUCUUAGUCCCAAACCUUCUUGCGAGGAGAGAUAGAGAGAGUGAGAAGGCACCGCAAGCCCCAACUUUGGUGGUUAUUAUCGGUGGGUCGUGUCGUCCUGGAGCUGUCUCGUUGUUUCCCCACGACGGCGGAGGAGGAAGUAAACGAGUGGAGAACCAUGGACAUUGGUGGUCCAACCGAUGUUCAACACGUGGCUCACGUGACCUUUGAUCGUUUCAACGGCUUCCUUGGCCUUCCGUCUGAGUUUGAGCCUGAUGUCCCCAAGAAAGCUCCCAGUGCAAGUGCAACAGUGUUUGGAGUUUCAACAGAAUCAAUGCAGUUAUCAUAUGAUUCGAGAGGGAACUGUGUUCCUGUAAUACUAUUGCUACUGCAGAGCAGGCUAUAUGAUCAAGGAGGGUUGAAGGUAGAAGGAAUAUUCAGGAUAACAGGAGAGAACAGCGAGGAAGAGUAUGUAAGGGAGCAGCUUAAUAAAGGGAUGAUUCCUGAUGGGAUCGAUGUUCAUUGUCUAGCUGGACUUAUAAAGGCUUGGUUCAGAGAGCUGCCUAGAGGAGUGCUAGAUCCUCUGCCAUCUGAGCAAGUACUGCAAUGUGAAUCAGACGAGGAUUUCAUCAAGGUUGUGAGGCUAUUACCUCAGACAGAAGCUUCUCUUCUCAACUGGGCCAUCAAUCUCAUGGCUGAUGUUGUUCAGUUUGAGAAUGUUAACAAGAUGAACUCUCGUAAUCUUGCUUUAGUCUUUGCCCCUAACAUGUCUCAGAUGAAAGACCCGUUAACCGCAUUGAUGUAUGCGGUCCAAGUGAUGAAGCUGCUGAAGUGCCUCACAGAGAAAGCCCUGAGAGAAAGGGAAGUCACUUCUCCCCCAGUUGAUACAAGAUCUAGCAAUGAAGCCGAAGACGGCGAGAAGGAAGUAGACAAUGAAGAAGAAGAUGAAGAGGAGGAAGAAGGAGAUGGAGAUGGAGAUGGCGUGUACAUAAUUGAGGAAGUAGACAGUGAAGCGGAAGGUGGCGAGAAGGAAGUAGACAAAGAAGAAGAAGAAGAAGAAGAAGAAGAAGAGCAAGAUGGAGAUGGCGUGUACAUAAUUGAGGAAGAAGCAUUGCAGAUAACAAGAGUGGUUGCUGAUGACCACAAGUCGGAGAGCAUGAAGAGUGCGUAUGAUGGAUCUAUUACAUCUGAUUCAAAGGGAGUUGAUGGAGUUGUGCAGCCACUCAUUUGCAAUCCAGACCACAUAGGAAACAAGUGAAGUUGAUGUUUUUUUUAAAGUAUUUGUGUUUGGAUUGCUUUUAUCUUAUUAUUGCAUUAUGUAACUUCUAAGUAAUGUUAGUUUGUUGUUGAAUGGUGGUAUGAUAUGAGACUAACUC